CUCUUUUAGAACUUUUUGGGUAGGAAAACACGCAUUUUGCUCAUCACUGCUCCUAAACUUGUAACAAACAAACAAGAAUUGAAACCUUUCUCUCUCGUCUUCAUCUGCAGAUCAGUCACCAAACUCAAUCAACAAUGGGAGUUUCGGAUCGACCCGGGUUUGCUCCGAAUUCAUCCAUUGCUCCAAAACCAGCUAACAAGAUCAGAUGGGGUGAGCUAGAAGAAGAUGAUGCAGAGGAUCUUGAUUUCCUUCUUCCACCAAAGCAAAUAAUUGGACCUGAUGAACAUGGUAUUAAAAAGAUCAUAGAGUAUAAAUUCAAUGACGAUGGAAAUAAAGUUAAGAUCACUACAACCACCCGUGUCCGAAAGCUCGCUAAGGCCCGUUUAAGCAAACGGGCUAUUGAACGUCGGGCCUGGCCCAAAUUUGGUGAUGCUGUACAUGAGGAUGUUGGAAGUAGACUCACUAUGGUUUCUACUGAAGAGAUAUUGCUUGAAAGACCAAGAGCCCCAGGUUCUAAAGCUGAUGAAUCCAAGGCAGCAGGAGACUCAAUGGCUCAGCUUGUUAAAGGAGGUGCUGUUUUAAUGGUGUGCAGAACUUGUGGCAAGAAGGGCGAUCACUGGACAUCUAAGUGCCCCUUUAAGGAUCUUGCUCAACCAGCUGAAAUUUUUGUUGACAAACCCCCUGUGGCAGAUGCAAAUAUGCCCGGUGGGGCUGUGAAGGGAGCUUAUGUUCCACCAAGCAUGCGAGCAGGUGCAGAGAGACCUGCUGGAACAGAAAUGAGACGUAGGAAUGAAGAGAACUCGGUUCGUGUCACUAAUCUCUCUGAAGACACUCGAGAACCUGAUCUGCUUGAGCUUUUCAGGCCUUUUGGCCCAGUAAGUCGGGUCUAUGUAGCUAUAGACCAGAAGACUGGUGACAGCAGAGGUUUUGGAUUUGUUAAUUUUGUAAACAAGGAGGAUGCUCAGAGGGCCAUCAACAAGCUUAAUGGGUAUGGAUAUGACAAUCUAAUUCUUCGGGUGGAGUGGGCUACUCCCAGAGCAAACUAGAACAUAUUUUCUUAAUAAAACUCUAGAUACAACAACAAUAAUCCAAUGUAAUCCCACAAGUGGGGUCUGGGGAGGAUGGGUGUAUGCAGACCUUACCCCUACCUUUGUGAGAUAGAGAGGAGGCUGUUUCCGAUCUUAAUAAAACUCUGGAUAUUUGAAGAUUUUGAUUGGCAGUUUCUUUAUAAGUGUCAUGUAGGAAUUUUUUUCUCCCCUAAUAAACCUUGAGAUGAGAGAUUUUUUCGGCUUUGAAUUUUUGUUGUGUAAGGUGCUCAAAACUCUAUUACAUUGUAGUCUAUGGGAUUGGAAUUCACAAGACAAUAAAAUGGAAUUAGUGAAUCA